CCCCACCGCUUAUCAAGUUGUCACAUCCGAACACCACACUCCACCGUCGCCAGCGCGAAAAUCACCUCCCUCCGGCUCAACUUAGCCUCUCACCACGCCAUUAAACCACACAUCUUGCGCCAUGGUUUCCCCUGAAGGUUGCCAUAGCAGGUGCCCAUACGUGCCGCACACCCAGCACAGUCCGUUAUCACACGCAUUUAAGUGACAAUUGCACCCUCGCCACUACAUAACCACCAUCUCACCGCUUUACCUAAGAGAAUUCACCGACGAUCACGUGCGGUGGCGGUGUGUGGCCGUAACGGGAUGCGCCGGCUUUUUUUCGCUUCUUUUUUUGCAGCGGACGAACAGACAGCGUGGAAAAGAAAAAGUUUUCACUCAACUUCUUCAUCCUCUUCAAAUGUGUUUCCUGUUUUCGAAGCAACAGAGAUAACUUUGAAUUUUAGCAAUGUCUCAAGGUACUUUGUACGUCGGUGAAUACGCCAGAUGCUUCCUCGUCAAGGGUCUCGUCGAGUUCUACAACUUGGACGUGACUGUUGCCGCUAAGGAUGCUGCAUACGAGAAGAACUUCCCAUUGGCCAAGUACCCAGCUUUCCUUGGUCCAAAGGGCUACAAGUUGACUGAGGCCAUUGCCGUUGUGUUGUACUUGCUCUCAUUGACUGAUGACAAGUCUCUCUUGGGUAAGAACGAGAAGGAAUACGCUCAAAUCAUCAGAUGGCUCUCAUUUGCCAACUCUGAGUGGCUCCCAACUGCCGUUAAGGCAUUCGGCCCAAUCAUUGGUAAGGUCCCAUACAACAAGAAGCAAGUUACCGAUGCUACUGCUUACCUUGAGCAAUUGGCUGCUGUCCUUGAAGCCAGACUCUCCGAGUUCACCUACUUGGUUGGCGAGAGAUUGUCCAUUGCUGACUUGUACACUGCUUCUGUCUCCUACAGAGCCUUCCAAUACUUGUUCGGCUCUGAGUGGAGAGCUGCUCACCCAGCCAUCACCAGAUGGUUCUCUACUGUCACAGCUCACCCAACUUUGGCCAAGACCUUUGCUGACUUCCAAUUCAUUGAGAAGCCAGUUGAGUACGUUGCACCAAAGAAGGAAAAGAAGGAGGCCGCUCCAAAGAAGGAGAAGAAGGAGGCUGCACCAAAGGCUGCUGCUGAAGAGCCAGCUGCUGCUCCAGCCGAGGAGAAGAAGCCAAAGCACCCAUUGGAGCUCUUGGGUAAGUCCACCAAGUUCAACUUGGAUGAGUGGAAGAGAACUUACUCCAACGAGGAGACCCGUGAGACUGCUCUGCCAUGGUUCUGGGAACACUACGACCCAACUGAGUGGUCCUUGUGGAGAGUCGACUACAAGUACAACGAUGAGUUGACCUUGACCUUCAUGUCCAACAACUUGCUCGGUGGUUUCUUCAACCGUUUGUCAGGCUCCACCAAGUACCUCUUUGGUUCUGGUGUUGUCUACGGUGAGAACAACAACAACGGUAUUGUUGCUGUUUUCCUCGUCAGAGGUGACAAGCACGAGCCAGCCUUCGACGUCGCUCCAGACUGGGAGUCCUACACCUUCUCCCAAUUGGACGCAACCAAGCCAGAGGACAAGGAGUUCGUUGAGGAUGUCUUUGCCUGGGACAAGCCAUUGUUGAUCAACGGCGAGAAGAGAGAAAUCGCUGAUGGUAAGGUCUUCAAGUAAACGCAG